AACGUCACUCGCUGCUUCAAACAAUUCGUAAACAACCAAAAGCACGUGCGUUUCCAGUACGAUCGAGCCCCACACGCCAGGUGGAUCGUAAAACUAGCCGCAAAAAAGCCCCAAACACAAUACGAAAAUGGUCGUCUUUAUUUGUAACAAGUGUGGCGAGUCGCUGAAAAAGCAGGUCGUGGGUGCGCACGCCAGCCGGUGCAAGGGCAUCAAUGUGUCGUGCAUGGAUUGCCAGAAGGAUUUCACCGCCACCACGUACAACGAGCACACGAGCUGCAUCAGCGAGGCGGAAAAGUAUUCCGCCAAAGGGUUCGUUCCGAAGGUGCAGAAGGGCGCCAAAAAGCAAGAGAGCUGGGUCGAAAUGGUGCGCUCAAUCGCGCAAAAACACAAAAAUAUGUCUGCGGGUGUCAGGAGCGUGUUUAACUUCAUCGAGCGCACGGACAACAUACCGCGCAAGCAGAAAGGUUUUCUAAACUUCUUCCAAAACUCCUGCCGCAUCAUUUCCCGGCAGGACGUGGAAGCGGCAUGGGCGCUGAUAGAGAAGGAGAUGAAGGCCGAAAAGGAGAAGGAAGCUAACGGUGCGCAGAACGGAACAGACGCGCCAAAGCAGAAUGGAACGGCAGCCGCAGCCGGUGCCGGUGCAGUUCAAAAUGGAAAACCACAGAAGCGCAAGCCAACGGAAGAGGUCGUCGAAUCGGGAGAACCGGAGCAGAAGAAACAGAAGAAAAAGAAGGCAAAGAAAGAGAAGGCUCAGAAUGGUAACGAGGUAGAGGUACCAGCGGAGAAUGGUACAGCCGACGGCGAGACUGCGAAGAACGGAACGCCCCAGAAGCGCAAGGCGGAAGCGGUCGAAUCGAGCGAACCGACGGAACAGAGCAAAAAGAAGAAGAAGAAGAAGAAGGGAAAGAAGGACAAGAAUCAAGAGGUAGAGGUACCAACGGAGAAUGGUACAUCAGCUGAUGGUGACAACGCACCGGCGGAGGAGGCCGAACCAACGGAACAGAAGAAGCAGAAGAAAAAGAAGGCAAAAAAGGAAAAGGCCCAAAAUGGUAGUGUGGUAGAGGCGGAGGAGGAAAAGGAGGUGGCCCAACCGGUCACUAAGCAGAAGAAGCAGAAAACGCCAGUUGCUGUCGAAAACGUCCAGACCAGCCAAGAGUCCCAACCGGCCGCCAAGCAGAAGAAGCAGAAAAAAUCAAAAGUGUGAUAGUUGUGCACUAAGAGGAUCAUUUAAAUCGUUUAAUAACUGAGGGAGACGACGGUAAAAGGGUUCCAACCGGCGUAAUGGAAAGUUCGAGAAAAACGUAUCCACGGCUGGAUUUGUGGUAACAAAACAAAACAAAAACGACACUACUGUACGGUUGGUAAAAGCUUAAGUGAAAUAAAUUUAAUCUACAAACGCGUAUAA